AUGGCGGGCAGGGCAGGUGCGUCCGCCCAGGUGGUCCAGGUGAACGACUCCAUGUACGGCUUCAUCGGCACCGAUGUGGUCCUGCACUGCAGCUUUGCCAACCCUCUCCCCAACGUGAAGAUCACCCAGGUCACGUGGCAGAAGUUCACCAAUGGCUCCAAGCAAAACGUGGCCAUUUACAAUCCAGUCCUGGGGAUCUCUGUGCUGCCUCCCUACCAGAAGCGCGUGGAGUUCCUCCAGCCCUCCUUCACCGAUGGCACUAUCCGCCUCUCCCGCCUAGAGCUGGAGGAUGAGGGCGUCUACAUCUGCGAGUUUGCCACCUUCCCAAAGGGCAAUCGUGAGAGCCAGCUCAAUCUCACUGUCAUGGCCAAACCCACCAACUGGAUCGAGGGCACCCAGGCAGUGCUCCGCGCCAAGAAGGGACAGGACCACAAGGUUCUGGUGGCCACCUGCACCUCAGCCAACGGGAAGCCUCCCAGCUUGGUAACCUGGGAAACGCGGCUAAAGGGCGAGGCCGAGUACCAGGAGAUCCGGAACCCCAAUGGCACAGUGACUGUCAUCAGCCGCUACCGCCUCGUACCCAGCCGGGAAGCUCACCAGCAGUCGCUGGCCUGUAUUGUCAACUACCACACGGAGCGCUUCAGAGACAGCCUCACGCUCAACGUACAGUACGAGCCUGAGGUGACGAUUGAGGGGUUUGAUGGGAACUGGUACCUCCAGCGGACAGACGUGAAGCUCACAUGCAGAGUGGAUGCCAACCCUCCAGCCACUGAGUACCACUGGACCACGCUGAAUGGCUCUCUCCCCAAGGGUGUGGAGGCCCAGAACAGAACCCUCUUCUUCAGAGGGCCCAUCAACUACAGCCUGGCAGGGACCUAUAUCUGCGAGGCCACCAACCCCAUCGGGACACGCUCGGGCCAGGUGGAGGUCAAUAUCACAGAAUUUCCCUACACCCCGUCUCCCUCGGAACACGAGCGGCGCGCAGGGCCGGUGCCCACGGCCAUCAUUGGGGGCGUGGUGGGGAGCGUGCUGCUGGUGCUGAUCGUGGUCGGCGGCAUCGUGGUGGCCCUGCGCCGGCGCCGGCACACCUUCAAGGGCGACUACAGCACCAAGAAGCACGUGUACGGCAACGGCUACAGCAAGGCGGGCAUCCCCCAGCAUCACCCCCCCAUGGCGCAGAACCUGCAGUACCCGGACGACUCAGACGACGAGAAGAAGGCCGGCCCGCUGGGGGGCAGCAGCUACGAGGAAGAGGAGGAGGAGGAUGGCGGAGGGGGUGACCGCAAGGUGGGCGGCCCCCACCCCAAAUAUGACGAGGACGCCAAACGGCCGUACUUCACGGUGGAUGAGGCCGAGGCCCGUCAGGACGGCUACGGGGACCGGACUCUGGGCUACCAGUACGACCCCGAGCAGCUGGACUUGGCUGAGAACAUGGUUUCUCAGAACGACGGGUCUUUCAUUUCCAAGAAGGAGUGGUACGUGUAG